AUGUCCACUCCCAGGCAGAGCCGUGCCGCCCUAAAGAAGUUUCCGCCCAACACGCUCGUCACCACCUCACGGAACACUGCCACGGCGAGGAGAGUGUGUCAGACCAUCACAGCCCCUCAACACCACCACCACCACCACCACCACCAGCGUCAUGGAGGCUGCAGGGAGGGGCGGCAGGAAGGCACGGCGGAGACGGGCUAAGAAGAACAUGAACACUGUCGGCAGCCCUGCGGAGUGUCCAGUGUGCAUGACAGGCUAUGAUGGCACCGUACAGCGGCCGCGCACCCUGCCCUGCGGCCACACAGUCUGCACGCUGUGCGUAGAUCAGCUGAAGGUGCAGGGCCGUGUUGCCUGCCCAGAGUGCCGCGUCAGCCAUGCCGUGCCCGAGGGAGGGCAGUUCCCUGUCAGUUAUGCUGUUGAGUCCUUCAUAAGAAUGAUGAGAGACGCUGAGGUGGCUCCAGCGGCAGCAACCUCGCCGCCACCCAGUGCCGGGGAAGGGGAAGGAGCAGCAGCAGCAGCAGCAGCAGCAGGGGCGGCUGGCAAGAAGGAGGCGGCGGGUCUCUCCAAGAAAAUGCGUUCCUUCCUGCAGGAACAGGAGGCCACAGUUGUGGCCGCCAUCACCGCCUGCCGGGAGGCUCAGUCGCAGCUGGACCAGUACCAGACGACCCUGGCAGGCUGGCGCGAGCAGCAGCAGCAGCUGGAGGACAGGCUCCUGGGACUGGUGGACCAGAGCAGGAGUGCCAGGGAGCUCCUGCAGCAGGAAGAGUCCCGUGCGGCGGCCAAGGAGGAGGAGCUAAAGAAGGGGGAGCAGGGGCUGCAGACCGUGCUGGAGACGUUGCACACCCUUACAACAGAGCAAGAAGCAGGUGCGGCGGUGACUGAAGUGUUUCGUUGCACUGGCGAGGCAGAGCAGGCAGUGGAGGAGUGCCGAGAAGGUUUUCCUGAUGCCAGCACCGUCACCACCGCCAGGAAGGUGAACGUGGCAUCUAGUGCAACCCUGGAGACUGUCCAGGCAGCUCUGGAAACACUUGCUACAGAGGAGCCCAGGCCCCAGGCAGACCCAGACUCCACCGUCAUGGACAGACUGCACCUCAUCUGGACAGGGAGCUUAACGGCCGAGGACCUCCGCAGCCUGACGCAGCCCGCCAGGCGCCUGCUGGAGGCUGGCCGGGUGUUUGCUGUCCACCAGGCGGAAGGUCAGCGCCGACACGCAAGAAUAAGCCUUGAAGCCGGCCAACUGUGCCUCCACGCCCUGAAGGACGAUCCCACGCCACGGGGCGCGGCAACCCUGCAGGUGAGCGAGGUUGUGCCGCCCUCCCCCCCCUGCACGGUGUUCCUGGACCUGUCCUGGCCGGGCAGCGCGCCGCGGCGGGUCCAAAUCCGUCUGAGCCCCGACACCCCGCGGGGCAGACAGUUCUUACUGUUGUGCACGGGGCAGCGCGGCCCCUCCUACGUUAACACCAGGUUGUUCGGGGUGGAUAGGAAGGGGGAGGCGGGAGAGUUUGUGAUGGGCGGGGACUACGAGAGUAACGAUGGUAGUGGAUCAUCCGUCCUGCUGCCUGGCCUUGAUGAGGGUGAGUACCGGAAGUCAGGCCGGGCGGGGGAUGUGUUUGGGGUGGGGUGGACUGACCCUAUCCGGGGUGUGUUUGGUCAGUUUGGCAUCUACACCAGAGACCGUCAGGGUGGUGGUGGGUGUCCUCGUGUCUUCGGUGAGGUGGUGGACGGACUGCACGUGGUGGCCGAGGCAGCCCAACACAGGAACAUUAAGGAGGUGACUGUGGCGGACUGUGGUGUGGUGUUGUGAGGGUAAUGGCCACCACCACCACCACCACCACAGCAAGGUUAUGGAGGUGACUGUGGCGUGGUGUUGUGAGGGUAAUGGCCACCACCACCACCACCACCACAGCAAGGUUAUGGAGGUGACUGUGGCGUGGUGUUGUGAGGGUAAUGGCCACCACCACCACCACCACAGCAAGGUUAUGGAGGUGACUGUGGCGUGGUGUUGUGAGGGUAAUGGCCACCACCACCACCACCACCACAGCAAGGUUAUGGAGGUGACUGUGGCGUGGUGUUGUGAGGGUAAUGGCCACCACCACCACCACAGCAAGGUUAUGGAGGUGACUGUGGCGUGGUGUUGUGAGGGUAAUGGCCAUCACCACCACCACCACCACCACCACCACAGCAAGGUUAUGGAGGUGACUGUGGCGUGGCGUUGUGAGGGUAAUGGCCACCACCACCACCACCACCACCACCACAGCAAGAUUAUGGAGGUGACUGUGGCGUGGUGUUGUGAGGGUAAUGACCACCACCACCACCACCACAGCAAGAUUAUGGAGGUGACUGUGGCGUGGUGUUGUGAGGGUAAUGACCACCACCACCACCACCACCACCACCACAGCAAGAUUAUGGAGGUGACUGUGGCGUGGUGUUGUGAGGGUAAUGGCCACCACCACCACCACCACCACCACAGCAAGGUUAUGGAGGUGACUGUGGUGUGGUGUUGAGAGGGUAAUGGCCACCACCACCACCACCACCACCACAGCAAGGUUAUGGAGGUGACUGUGGCGUGGUGUUGUGAGGGUAAUGGCCACCACCACCACCACCACCACCACAGCAAGGUUAUGGAGGUGACUGUGGCGUGGUGUUGUGAGGGUAAUGUCCACCACCACCACCACCACCACAGCAAGGUUAUGGAGGUGACUGUGGUGUGGUGUUGUGAGGGUAAUGGCCACCACCACCACCACCACCACCACAGCAAGGUUAUGGAGGUGACUGUGGUGUGGUGUUGUGAGGGUAAUGGCCACCACCACCACCACCACCACAGCAAGGUUAUGGAGGUGACUGUGGCGUGGUGUUGUGAGGGUAAUGGCCACCACCACCACCACCACCACCACAGCAAGGUUAUGGAGGUGACUGUGGCGUGGUGUUGUGAGGGUAAUGGCCACCACCACCACCACCACCACCACAGCAAGGUUAUGGAGGUGACUGUGGCGUGGUGUUGUGAGGGUAAUGGCCACCACCACCACCACCACCACAGCAAGGUUAUGGAGGUGACUGUGGCGUGGUGUUGUGAGGGUAAUGGCCACCACCACCACCACCACAGCAAGGUUAUGGAGGUGACUGUGGCGUGGUGUUGUGAGGUCAAUAUUUGGUUGAAUUCAUGUAACAUCCUGGGUGAUAUUUUGCGUGAAGUUUCGUGCACUUCAUAAACACUUGAUGUAAUGUGUUAGUUUCUUGGGGCAUCCUUGUAGCAGCCAGUGUGAUGUUUUGUGCACUUCAUAAACACUUGAUGUAGUGUGUUAGUUUCUUGGGGCAUCCUUGUAACAGCCAGUGUGAUGUUUUGUGCACUUCAUAAACACUUGAUGUAGUGUGUUAGUUUCUUGGGGCAUCCUUGUAACAGCCAGUGUGAUGUUUUGUGCACUUCAUAAACACUUGAUGUAAUGUGUUAGUUUCUUGGGGCAUCCUUGUAACAGCCAGUGUGAUGUUUUGUGCACUACAUAAACACUUGAUGUAA